AUGAGUAUGAAAAGAACAAUUUCUGAUAGACCUCAAGUUGGCGGGGAUGGGCCGCCCAAGAAGAAGGCGCGCAAAGGCAAAGGACCGGCGCGCGAAGCCAAUGAACGGGCCCAAUGGCCCGAAUACUUCGAAUCGCUCUUCAAGGUCUUCAAGGCGCUCAAUACCGUCCUCGCAUUCGUCUCCUCCAGAAAACACCUGGCGACUACAUUCCCUGUUGUCCGAAGCUCUGUCGAGGGACUACUCAAAAUGCCGCUGAAGCUUGAAGUGGUCGCUGAACUCAAGGCGCUUCUGCCCGACUUGAUCAAGUUCGCCUAUAUACCGAAGAACGAAUUGCUCGUCAGCGACGGGCAAAAUCAGCGAAGUAAAUCCCCUGAUUUUGGAAAGUACCUGAGUACAUCCAGCGAUGGCGCCGCAGUCCAUGAACACGUCCUGAUCCUGGAAUUUGCGGACAACUCCAAAGGGAAGAAGUCUGCCGCGCAAGGGCAGCUUAUCACUAUGCCACCCGCCAUGACUCCUGCGGCUGUGAAGAAACUGGUCGAGAAACGAAAUGAGAGAUUCGUACAAGCCGUGGACGACCUUCUCAAAGCAACUCAGCCUCCAGAAGACCCCGUGCAGCUAUUACAGGCAGCAGGGCGCGACCACAUACCCGUUCACCCCGGCGUCAGCCCCGAACAGGCGCCCGUCCGUGACCUACAUAUUCCCGACGCGGCGAGCCGGCCAUCUAUUGAUGAGCUCUUGACCGAGAUAGAGAAAGAGGAGUGGUACAAGAACCAAAUGGUGGCAAAUAAGGUGUUCGAGCCACGCAAAAGCAGGACAGCUCCGCUCGCGAAUCCAUUACCAGACGCCCUUGCGCAUGCACUGUCUGCUUCCAGGGGGAUCUCAGCCUUCUAUAUCCACCAAGCUGCCGCUAUCGACGCACUGGAUGCCGGUCGCAACGUCAUCGUCUCGACUAGUACAGCCUCAGGGAAGAGCGUUCCCACUCUGCGAUGUUUACUUGAAGAUUCCAGUUCGCGAGCAAUCUUUGUGUAUCCUACUAAGGCCCUCGCUCAGGAUCAGAAGGCGGCGUUACAGCAGCUCUUGGGUAGCUGCGCGGGUCUGGAACAUAUACAGGUCGAUACCUACGACGGCGAUACUCCUCAAGAGCGCCGCAGACAGAUUCGAGAGCGAGCGUCCAUCAUCUUCACGAACUUUGAUACUUUGCAUGCGUCCAUACUACCACACGAGGAACUAUGGCGACCUUUUCUCCAGGACCUCAAGAUCUUCGCCAUUGAUGAGCUCCAUUACUACACUGGGCUCUUCGGAAGUCAUGUCGCGUACAUCCUACGACGCUUCCGCAGAUUAUGUGCCGCCGUUGGCAACAACCAUGUCAAGUUCGUCUCCUGCAGCGCCACGAUCUCCAACCCCCGCCAGCACAUGGAACGCAUAACCGGCCUCCCCCCGUCCGACAUCGACAUCGUCACCGACGACGGCGCGCCGUGUGGCGAGAGGGAGUUCGUGGUCUGGAAUCCGCCCCCGGUGGACGAGGAUAUGCCGAUGGCGGGGAGGAAAAGUAGUAUUGGGGAGGCGACGCUGUUGAUGAGGUAUUUGAUGAAGCGUGGCGUGAGGGUUAUCUUGUUUUGCAAGAUACGCAAGGCUUGCGAGUUGGCUAUGAAGACUCUACGAGCGCAACUCAGCGAGGAAGGUCGAUACGAUAUCCUCGAUCGUGUGCGGUCAUACCGCGGAGGGUACUCGCAGGAGGAUCGGCGUGCAAUUGAGCGCGAUGCCUUCUCUGGUCAUCUACUCGGCAUCAUUGCCACAAAUGCCCUCGAACUCGGUGUCGAUAUAGGCGCGCUUGACGCCGUCAUCAUGCUCGGAUUCCCCUUCAGCGUAGCGAGCUUCAGGCAACAAGCCGGCCGCGCUGGUCGUCGCUCCAGAGACUCGCUCGCGAUUCUAGUUGGCUACGGUGAUCCACUCGACCAACAUUACAUGGAGCAUCCCGAAGAGUUAUUCGAUGGUCAAAUCGAAGACCUUGUCAUUGAUCUCGAGAGCAAGGUUGUUCUGGAAGCCCACCUACAAUGCGCGGCCCACGAAAUGCCGUUAUCCGCCCGAGACGACGUUUACUUUGGCCCGCAAAUGCUUGAGAUCUGCGACAGCCGACUCUCAAAGGACGAUGACGGAUGGUACCACACUCACCCAAAGUUCCUCCCUUAUCCCGCGCAAUUUAUCUCUAUCCGUGGGAUGCAAGAAGAGAAGUAUCUCGCUGUGGACGUGACCAAGCCGGACGCGCCGAGGACGCUCGAAGAGAUCGAGAUUUCGCGGGCACUCUUCGAAAUUUAUGAAGGAGCAGUGUUCAUCCAUCAGGGAAUGACGUUCAUGGUCAACGAAAUCAGCCACGACGACCGCAUCGCACGCCUUGUCAAAGCGGACGUGAACUGGGUAACAUCGCCUCGCGAUUACACAGACGUCGAUGCCAAACAAACAUAUCGCAUUCGCGAAGUACAGGGCUCAUACAGAGCAUACUAUGGCCGCGUGGAAGUCAUGACGAAGGUUUUCGGAUUCUUCAAGAUCAGGAAUAACUCUAUCCUGGACACUGUCGACGUUGACAGCGAGCCGUGGCUACGAGACUCGACCGGCUUCUGGGUUGACUUGUCCCAGCGAGUUCUCGAUGUGCUACGUGCCAAGAACAUCAUGGUCGCCGAGGCCAUACAUUCCGCUCAGCAUGCCUUCCUCAACCGCUUUGCGCUGGCUCAAGAGGUUCGCACCGAGUGCAAGGCCCCAGAGAAGGAGUACAUGUCGAGGGAAACGUCAAGGAAGAGGCCUGCGAGAUUGAUCUUCUACGACUUGCCUGGCAAGGGCGGAGGAGUGACGUCGAAAGCUUUCGACAAUGUCCAUGAUAUCUUCCAGAAGGCCGCCGACGCCAUCGCAUCUUGCAACUGCGAAGAAGGGUGUAUCAAAUGCAUCGCCAGCACCGCCUGCAAAGAGAAGAACGAAGUUCACUCCAAGAUUGGCGCCCUCGUUAUCAUUCGCGACAUCCUCGGGCAACUCACCGACAUCAAACACAUCCCUGACCAACAGCCCUCACGCGGUCACGUCGACUCCAUCGUUGUCGCGCAUCCCGUCAAAGCGGCUGAGGGGGUCACCGUUGAGCACACGCACACGCAUGAGCACACGCACGCGAUUGAGCACACGCAUGCCUUCGAAGACACCGACAUCGUCGAGCAGAAGCCCAACAUAGCAUCCAUAUCCUCGUAA